CUUCAUCUUAUUGGGGGUGGUGGGGGCGUUGUGACAUGUGUGCUGUGGUUCUUUUGCUGCACACGCUGGCAUCCAUCGACGAUGUAUCCCCGGAAAGCCUGAGAAUUCAUUUCAAACUAGUUGGAAGAGUUUGUAUGAUGACUCUGAAGAUAUUUCAUGCGGAAAUCCGUCAUUUCGAGGAAUGUGUGGGGAGCUGGUUACUUUUACAGGUUUUAAAGGUUUGUUUUUUAUUUACAAAAAUCUGCGGUGAAAAAAACUUAACAAUCCAAGAUUGAAUUUCACGCUUCUUUGGUCCAACUUUCUGUCCUUAAUACGUUCGUUGAGAAUAUUCAAUUGCAA